CUUACAGUUAGACCGAUUAAAGCGAUCUCUGUGCUGGAUUAAAUAGUGCGGAUCCCCGAUCCGGUUUACAGCAGAUGAAUCGGUGAUCAUCAGGAUGAAGAAGAGUGUGGUGGUGAUGAUGAAGAAGAUGUGAUGGCGUAAACUCCGCCCAUCAGCCUCCAUCUGAACAGCAGCUCUCACAUCGAGCGCAACAUCGCUGUUUUAUCGCUCGUUUUGGGGGCCGAUGCUUGUCAUGCCGUCUCCGUCAGACAUCGUGAAGGUGGCCAUCGAGUGGCCUGGUGCAAACGCUCAACUCAUCGAAAUCGAUCAGAAGAAGCCGCUGGCGUCCGUCGUUAGAGAAGUGUGUGAUGGAUGGUCUCUGUCGGGUUCAGAGCAGUUCGCCCUGCGUUACGCUGACGGGCCGCAGCUCUACAUCACUGAACAGAGCCGCGCUGACAUUAAAAACGGCUCCAUCCUCAGACUGGCCAUCUCUCCUAUGCGAGCGGCUCGACAGCUGCUGGAGCGCAUCCAGUCUCAUGGGAUUGACGCGCGUCUGGAGGCUCUGAAAGAGCUGGCCAAACUCUCUGCUGACCCCGCGUUCGCCACAGAAUUCAUCAACAUGGAGGGCCUGGCGACGCUGGCGCGGCUGGUGGAGAGCGGCACGCAUUUUGGGGAGAUGUUGGCCUUCACCCUCACAGCGUUUCUGGAGCUCAUGGAUCAUGGCAUCGUGUCCUGGGAUCUGAUAUCCGUGUCCUUCAUCAAACAGAUCGCGGCUUACGUGAACCAGCCCAUGGUGGACGUGUCCAUUCUGCAGCGCUCACUGGCCAUCCUGGAGAGCAUGGUGCUGAACAGCCACAGCCUGUACCAGCGGGUGGCGCAGGAGACCAGACAGUUGGUUGAACCGGCUCAAUUGGUUCUUCAUCUGUCCAAUCAGGAGAUCCAGACAUACGCCAUCGCCCUCAUCAACGCCCUGUUCCUCAAAACCCCAGAGGACAGACGCCAGGAGAUGGCGAGUACACUGGCUCAGAAACACCUCCGCGGCAUCAUACUCAACCACAUCAUCCGGGGGAAUCGACCAGUCAAAGCUGAAAUGGCACAUCAGCUGUACGUGCUGCAGGUUUUGACCUUCAACCUUCUGGAAGAACGCAUGAUGACAAAAAUGGACCCGAAUGACCAGACACAAAGAGAUAUCAUCUUUGAACUCAGAAGAAUCGUGUUUGAUGGAGACAGUGAUCCCAGCGGAACAGAAAAGAGGAAAGCAAUCUACACUAAAGACUACAAGGUGCUGGGCUUCACUAAUCCUGUGAAUCCUGCCAUGGAUUUCACUCAGACACCACCGGGAAUGUUGGCACUAGACAACAUGCUUUACCUUGCCAAAGUGCAUCAGGACACAUAUAUCAGAAUUGUUCUAGAAAACAGCAGUCGAGAAGAUAAACACGAGUGUCCAUUUGGUCGCUCUGCCAUUGAGCUGACGCGCGUGCUGUGUGAUAUUCUACAGGUUGGAGAACUGCCGAAUGAAGGGUGCAACGACUUCCAUCCCAUGUUUUUUACCCACGAGCGCGCUUGGGAAGAGUUCUUCUGCGUCUGCAUACAGCUGCUCAAUAAGACGUGGAAAGAAAUGAGGGCCACUGCAGAAGAUUUCAACAAGGUGAUGACGGUGGUGCGAGAACAGAUCACUAGAGCUCUGGCCAUGAAACCGCCAUCUCUGGAGCAGCUGCGGGUCAAACUGCGCAGUCUGAGCUACUCGGAGAUCCUGCGUCUGCGUCAGUCUGAGAGAAUGAGUCAGGACGACUUCCAGUCACCCCCUAUAAUUGAGCUGCGUGAGCGGAUCCAGCCGGAGAUUCUGGAGCUGAUCAAACAGCAGCGACUCAGUCGUCUGUGUGAGGGAAGCUGCUUUCGCAAACUCGCCAACAGACGGAGACAAGAGAAGUUCUGGUUCUGCCGUCUGUCGUUGAAUCACAAGGUCCUGCACUACGGCGAUCUGGACGAGUCUCCACAGGGCGAAGUGCCGUUUGAACUGCUCACCGAUACGAUUCCCGUGUCGGACAUUAAAGCGGUGCUGACAGGGAAAGACUGUCCACACAUGAAGGAGAAGAGCGCGCUCAAACAGAACAAGGAAGUGUUAGAGUUGGCGUUUUCCAUCCGCUAUGAUCCCGAUGAGGCUCUCAACUUUGUGGCAACCAACAAAUACGAGUACUGCAUCUGGACAGAUGGACUGUCUGCGCUCUUGGGGAAGGAGUUGGGCAGCGAUCUCACACGAAGUGACCUUGACACAUUAAUGAGCAUGGAAAUGAAGCUCCGCCUCCUCGACCUGGAGAACAUCACCAUCCCUGAGGCUCCUCCCCCUGUGCCCAAAGAGCCCAGCACUUACAACUUCACCUACAACUACGGAUGAGACGUCUGUCCUCUCAAUCAGUGCUUGUGUUUUCUGUGUCGUUCAAUCUUCAGAGGUGAAGUGUGUUAUUUGUCUGUCACUAAGAGACUUUCCUGCCAGUUGCAUGUUGAGAAGCGAUCAGUGACAAACAUGGGCGAAAGAGCAGAAAUGACACACUUCACCUUUAUGCUAGUGUAUGUGCCUGAACAUGAACUAGUCUUGGUUACGAGAGUCCUUUUUCGAAUGUUUGAACACAAACGGUUCUUCUGUCUUCAAGUAUUUGAUUUUAAACGAGAAAAGCAGAAACAGUAUCAUUGUGUGUUUAGACAUUGUAAGGCAUCUACUCCCAUGUGUGAUGUGAUGUUAAACGCUUAUACGAGUAACUCGACUGAACAGUUAGUAACUCUGAACACCCCACAGAUCUGUCUGCAGAUAACUAAUAUUUACUGACGUUUGCUCUUGUCAAUAGAAAUAUAUUUUUGUACUUGAUGUGCAAGCCACUAUGUGGUACGUUGAGAACACAAAGGUUGCAUGAAACGGAGGAAGAAAGCAAGCGAGUGCAAGAAGAUGGGAGCGUUUUGUGCUGAAUUCUGACUCGUAGACUGAACGGGAUGCAACAUUCAAAAAUCACCUCUCUCUACAGUGCUGCAGAAACUGUAUGUGAUAAUAGCCAUACGAGUUUGUUGAUUUGGACAUUUAUUUCGUGAUUUCUCUGUUACAGUACUCAAAAACAUAUUUAGCUGGAAUAUUUACACACGUUUAUCUUCUGUCUGUGCGUUCAUGUUUGCUUGCCAUAAUAUAAGGUUAUUCUGUGUGAAAACAGGACGAACCCAUAUAUGGAUUCCUGACAGGUGUGAUGAUUUGAUCAGAUUUGCUUGAUGUUACAGCUGCUAGUUUCUGAAUGUUUUAGUGGGCAGGUUUCAGUUUUUGGGUUCAAAUAUUCAACACAUUAUAAAUAUAUAGUGCCUUCAGAAAGUAUCGAUUCCCUUUUUAUUUCUCAUUGCCAAAUAGGUAAUUUUAAUAGUUUUUUCUUUGAUUUGUGAAAGUUUUGCAUUUAUUGUUAUUGACGUGUGAAAAAACAUUUCAUUAUUAAAAUGUGAUGGUGUAACAAUACUUUCUGAAGGCAACUAUAUAUAAACUGUAUAUAUUGUACUGCCUUAUCACAGUAAUGCAAUGGA